CAGAUUAAACAGAUGUAAUGCUAUCAGUUAAUGUUGUGGUUUUAUCUCCACAGCUCGGCGGCUGGUUUCCUGUUUGUUCACGGAACGCAGUGUCGCUGCUUCCUCGUUUAGCCGCCGCUCCUCCUCCAGAGAAAUGACAGCAACCUUGCGCCCAUAUCUCAAUGCUGUGCGUGCCACACUGCAGGCCGCCCUCUGCCUGGAGAAUUUCUCUUCACAAGUGGUGGAGAGACACAACAAGCCAGAGGUGGAAGUCAGGAGUAGUAAAGAGUUGCUCCUCCAGCCUGUAAUCAUCAGCCGAAACGACAAAGAGAAGGUUCUGAUCGAGGGCUCCAUCAACUCCGUCAGAGUCAGCAUCGCUGUCAAGCAGGCAGAUGAGAUUGAGAAGAUUCUGUGCCAUAAAUUCAUGCGUUUCAUGAUGAUGAGAGCAGAGAACUUCUUCAUCCUGAGGAGGAAACCAGUGGAGGGAUAUGACAUCAGCUUCCUCAUCACCAACUUCCACACAGAGCAGAUGUACAAGCACAAACUGGUGGAUUUUGUUAUUCAUUUUAUGGAGGAAAUUGACAAGGAGAUCAGUGAAAUGAAGCUGUCUGUGAACGCCAGAGCUCGUAUCGUCGCUGAGGAGUUCCUCAAAAUGUGAGUAAUUGCCUCUUCAUUUUCCUAUUUACGAAAUGAGAUUCAUCUUUUUUAUUGGUAGUGUCUACGGAUACGGGUCCGUAUCCGUAGCCCACAGGCUACGGGUACGGCACUUUCCAUUUGCCAGACAGAUACGGACCCGUACACGAGUCUCGCGAGUCAAGAAGCUGCUAACCACUGCAAACUGUUGAAAGGUAAGCAAAGGUUAAGGUUAGGGUUAGUGUUAGGGUCAGGUUUAGGGUCCGUACCUGUCGUACCGAUGCUACGGGUCCGUACAGCUAGCGUCUACCGGGAGUCACGUGACCAGAUCUCGCGUAUCUGAUUGGCAAAUGGAAAGUGCCGUAUCCGUAGUCCACAGGCUACGGGUACGGGUCCGUACCUCUAGCAACAACUUUUUUUAUUAGGCUGACAGAGUUUGCUUUAAGCGUAUUAAUAGUUUUUAUUUAACUGUAAUAUAUUCUUGUGCUUUAAUUGUUUUUGUAGCUUAGACGUUGUGUUUUGUUUUACUUUUGCAGUUCUGAGAGGGAAAAUCCAGGAAUACAUUCCUUUGCAAUCUUGGCCGUCACUGUGCAGCGUUCACAUCACAGAGCAGAGAGGAGGCAAAACACGAGCAGCCAAGGGAGGUGGAGAAACAUGACAUGUACAGUAAAGACGUGUAGGCCAGUGGGGUUUCACCCUUAACUUUAAAACGUGCCUGUGCUCAAAAUAUUGAUGUUUGUACAUAAUGAGUAGUAACACCAGACAUUAAUUUCUGCCUUUGGAACACGAAGUCAGGGCAGGUCCUUCAAAAGAUGUGUUAUCAAUAUUAAUGAGCACAGGAUAAUAUGGAUUUUUCAGAUAAUUUAAAUGUUUUUUUUUAAAUCUAUAUAUAUUAUAUAUUAUAUGCACAUGGAUUUCAUUUUGCUAUGUUUUCUUACAACAUACCUUAAACCACAAAGGCAAUCAAUUAGUUCAUGUUUCUUGUUUUAGUACACAGAGAACCCUAUUGCACAUGAAAAAUAAAUAUACUUGCUGGCAGUGAAGUUAAAUAAAAAAAACAAUGUACUUUGUAUUUUAGUGGUUUUUGUACUUGUUAAGUCAUGAAAUGGUAACGGCAGCUUUCUUUUUCCCCACAAAUAUUGAAAAUUUAUUGAGAUUCUGACAGCUGAAGACAGAACAAGGCAUUUGGAAUUGUAUUUUCAACAGAGAAAUAAAAAUACAAUGUACAUGAAUCUAAAAAAGUAGAAUACAGGUAGUUUUACACGCAAAACAUUAACAAACAUGCAUGUACAAUUUGCACAGCACCACACUUUAUACUCGCAAAGAAAAACAGGUUUUCAUUUGUGGUUAAGUUAUUUAGUUGCC